CAGUUGAUCUCCAGUGAUGCGGAUGGAGCCAUCCAGAGAGCGGGGCGAUUCCGGGUGGAGAACGGAUCAUCAGACGAGAAUACAGAAUACACGCCGGGUAUAUGGAGGAGAACGGACGUACAUCUGGAAAACCCGGAGUAUCACACACGAUGGUACUUCAAAUAUUUCCUCGGUAAAGUUCACCAGAACUACAUAGGAACUGAUGCGGAACGAAACCCAUUUUUCCUAUCUGUGGUCCUCUCUGACCAAAAUAACCAGCGCAUACCGCAGUACCGUGCAAUCUUAUGGCGGAAAACAGGUACACAGAAAAUCUGCCUUCCAUAUAGCCCCACAAAAACAUUAUCGGUGAAAUCCAUAUUAAGUGCCAUGAAUUUGGACAGGUUUGAGAAGAGUCCUCGUGAAAUUCUUAAUCCAGAGAUUCAAAAGGAUCUGCUGGUUCUAGAAGAGCAGGAGGGCUCUGUGAAUUUUAAAUUUGGAGUUCUUUAUGCCAAAGACGGACAGUUGACAGAUGAUGAAAUGUUUAGUAAUGAAGCAGGAAGUGAAAGUUUCCAGAAGUUAUUAAAUUUGCUAGGAGACACCAUCACGCUCAAGAGCUGGAUCGGUUACAGGGGGGGACUGGACACCAAAAAUGAUACAACGGGAAUGCAUUCCGUCUAUACUGUUUACCAAGGACAUGAAAUAAUGUUUCAUGUCUCUACAAUGUUACCGUACUCAAAAGAGAACAAACAGCAGGUAGAAAGAAAACGACACAUCGGUAAUGAUAUCGUCACCAUCGUCUUUCAGGAAGGUGAAGAGUCUUCUCCAUCAUUUAAGCCCUCUAUGAUCCGCUCUCACUUCACUCAUAUUUUUGCCUUAGUGAGAUACAACAAACAGAACGACAGUUACAGAUUAAAGAUAUUUUCAGAAGAAAGUGUACCACUGUUUGGGCCUCCACUUCCCUCUCCUCCUGUCUUCACUGACCACCAAGAAUUCAGGGAUUUUCUUCUAGUAAAGUUAAUAAAUGGUGAGAAGGCAACUCUGGAAACACCAACUUUCGCUCAGAAGCGACAGAGGACAUUGGACAUGCUGAUCCGAUCGCUGUAUCAGGAUCUUAUGCCAGAUUUACACAAGAACAUGCUAAACAGAAGAUCUUUCAGUGAUGUUUUGCCGGAAUCCCCAAAAUCUGCAAGGAAAAAGGAAGAGGCACGCCAGGCAGAGUUUGUUAGGAUUGGUCAGGCACUGAAGCUGAAGACCAUAGUUAGGGGAGAUGCUCCAACUAGUCUGGCCACCACAGGGCUGUACAGGAGGGAGCCCUGGGAGUCUCAGUGUUAUUGCAACAACUUCAGCCAUGAAGCCAUCAAUGGUGAUUCCUGGGGCCCAUCGCUCUUCCUGUCCACAGAUGCCGGAGUGUUGCUAAUAGAUGAUGGUCAGCCAGAAAUCGCCGUGUUUGAUAAAACGCUGCAGAUAAAACAGAUGCAUGUCCUGGAAAUGCUUGAUCUCCUCCUCACCCGAGUGGACAAAGGAAAGGAUGCACGACUCUAUGUGUUCCGUCUCAGUGCCAUAAGGAAAGGACUAGAAGACAAACAAAUCCCCAGAAACAAGUAUGAAUGCCGGGAAAACAAACUAGAGAAAACAAAAGGAUGUCAUCUGUAUGCCAUUAACACACAUCACAGCCAGGAGCUCAGAAUUGUAGCGGCCAUCAGGAAUAAACUGCUGCUCAUCACCCGGAAAAACAAUCCGUUUGGCAGUAGUGGAGGAUAUUCACCAGUGGAAGAAUUCCAGUACAUUCGGGUAAAGAGAUUGCAAAUAAAGUCUGAGAUAUGUCUCUCUGACCCUCCUGUAGUGAUGACUUUAGUUGAUGGUCCAACUGGUGACAAUGACAAUAUGAUCUGUGUGGCGUAUCGACACCAGUUUGAUCUGGUAAAUGAAAGUACUGGGGAAUCGUGCCGACUGCAUCAUGUUGAUGCGAGUAGGGUUCAUUUUGUUGCAGCAAUUGAUGUAUAUGAAGAUGGAGAAGCCGGAUUACUGCUCUGCUACAACUACAUCUGUUGCUACAAGAAAGUCACUCCGUUCAAUGGAGGAACUCCACUCAUCCAGCCGUCUGCGUCUGAUUUCCAUUUUAGCUGGAAUCAGGUUCCCAAUGCUGUUGUAUGCGCUUUCCCCUACAUCCUGGCCUUCACUACUGACUCCAUAGAGAUCCGGCUCGUUGUGAAUGGCAACUUGGUGCACACGGCAGUGGUUCCAGAGCUGCAGCUGGUGGCAUCCCGGUCAGAUAUCUAUUUUAAGGCCUCAGCAGCAGUGAGCACCUCGUCAAAUAGCAGCUCGAAGGACACAAGUUCGCACAGCUCGCCACAGACCCCGACCGGCUAUGAACUGCCAGUUUUCCCUUCUUCACCAGCAGAAGGGGAUAUCCAGUACAGAAACAUCUACAAGAUCCCACUCAGUAAUUUAGUGGGAAGAAGCAUCGAGCGUCCUCUGAAGUCCCCGAUGGUCCAUAAGGUCAUCACGACCCCAACGUCCAGUGGUAUCGCUUGCAUACCUGUCACCCACUCCCUGUCACUGUCCCGCAUGGAGAUAAAGGAGAUUGCAUGCCGGACAAGGAAGGAAUUACUGGGUAAUAAUCUAUAA